GCACCGCCAAUCGUCGGACGACCGAAUCGUUCGUCGCACACGCGAUUCGCACGUCGGUUCGCGCGUGAAACGGACUCGAUCCCGACUGCGGGUGGUCGCGACCGUCGCGUCCGUACUCGCGCAGAGUUCCGGUGGAACCGGUCAGUCGCCGGCGAGAGAACGCGGUCGCGCCGGGAACCGGGCACGAAUACGAAACCUCGUGGCGCAGCCGACGCGCGUUUCCCGACCGGCUGGGCCAACCCCUUCGCCGUCGAAGAGGGCCGCGCGGCCGUCAUGGCACCGUUGGGCAUCGCCGACUACGUCGUGUUCGCGUUCACGUUGAUCGCGUCCGCCUCGGUCGGCGUCUACUACCGGUUCACCGGCGGCAAACAGAAGACCACUCAGGAAUACAUGUUGGGCAACAAGAAUCAAAAAGUUCUGCCGGUGGCGUUUUCUCUGAUGGCAAGUUUCACGUCAGCCAUUCUCAUGUAUGGUCUGAGUGCAGAGAUAUUUUACCACAGCACGCAGUUCUCCAUCGUGGUCAUCGGGUAUACGCUCGCCAUUCCCGUGGUUGGAUACGUGUACUUGCCGGUGUUCUUUAAACUUGGCAACUUGUCGCUUUACGAGUAUUUGGAAAAACGAUUCGGCAGCGUAACACGAGUGGCGACGUCGUUAGCUUUCAGCGUACAAAUGAUAUUGUACAUGGCAAUAGUGCUGUACGUUCCGGCACUAACUCUGGAAGCCGUGACCGGAUUACCCCGGACCGUUUCCAUUGUGCUCGUCGGUAUGGUGUGCGUGUUCUACUCGACGAUAGGAGGAAUAAAAGCGGUUAUCAUCACGGAUUUAUUUCAAUCGCUACUCAUGUAUUCAUCGAUAAUCGCGGUGAUCGGAAUAGCAGUGUACGAACAAGGCGGAGUAUUGAACAUUUGGAAAAUUGCUGAAGAAUAUGGACGAAUCGAUUUUGGAAAUUUUAAUAUUGAUCCGACAGUGCGGCAUAGUUGGUUUAGCAUAAUAAUUGGGGGUACUUUCACUCAUUUUUCUUUGUACGCUGUAAACCAGACACAAAUGCAGAGAUUAUUAACGAUGAAAGAUUACAAAAGUGCCGUGGCGGCGUUAUGGUGGAGCUUGCCCCUAAUGGUGAUGAUAAGUCUUUUGACAAGUUUUUCAGGUCUGGCGAUGUUUUCAAAAUAUUACGGAUGCGAUCCAAUCAAAUCCGGGCGUAUAUCGAGUGGAGAUCAGUUGAUGCCGUUGUACGCGAUGGAUACAAUGGGUUCCAUACCCGGAUUGACCGGACUGUUCGUGGCCGGAAUAUUCUCGUCGGCGUUGAGUUCUGUGUCCCCUAUACUCAAUUCCCUGGCAGCCAUCACGGUGGAAGACUACAUUAAGCCGUUUAAAGCGCGGGAAAUGUCCGAUGAGUACCGAGUCGGUUGCAUGAAGAUCAUGGUGCUCACGUACGGCAGCGUUUGCAUCGUGUUAGCGUUCCUGGCGAAAUAUUUCGGUUCGGUGUACCAAGGCGCGCUGACCAUAUUCGGAGUGAUCGGAGGACCUGUUUCCGCGGUUUUCACACUGGGAGUGCUCGUCCCUUUCGUCAACCAAAACGGCGCGGUCACCGGUCUGCUACUAGGUUUGGCGUUCACAUCCGUCCUCGGUUUCGGUGGACCCAAACCACCGAUCGAAAACCUACCUACGUCCACGGAAGCAUGCACCGUGGUCACCAAUCGUUCAUCUUCUAACGCAUCAGGUCUACCGUUGGGAGAUUUUCAUCACGACGAUUACAUGUAUUUGUACCGAAUCAGUUACAUGUACUACAUAGUUUUGGGAUUUUUAGUCACGCUCGUAGUGGCGUUGAUUGUGAGCGCAUUAUUUCGCGGGAAGAAUCGAGAUUUAAAUCCGGAUCUAUUCACUCCGUUUGUUGCAAGACGAUUGAAAAGACGCGAAAAUGAAUAUAAUCAAAGCCAAUAGUUGAUAACAGCCAAUAUCGAUGGAACAUUAUACGCCACCGGGGAAUUCAUUUACGUUCGAUCCUAUAGCGCUUUCCACGUUUUAUUACAAAUGUGCGUUCAAAUAAAAUACGAUUAUUUAUAUGUACAUUAGAAAAGUUUUUAACAAGCUGAGUAA